ACAGGCAAUAAUUUACUGCAGAUAUGUUGACAUGCAGGCAUGUCACAUUGCAACAAGAUUCUUGGCUAUAUUAAGGAUUGAAGGCAGCCCGAACGCUGAGAACUUGUUUCAGACUUUCGACCAGUUUGUGGAAACUGAACAUCUACCGAAGGAGAAGUUGGUGUCCUUCUCCAGUGAUGGAGCUUCAGUGAUGAGAUCGGAGGGAAGAGGGGUAUCAGGACACCUAAGAAGAAACUACAAUCAAGACAUCUUCCUUCAGCAUUGCAUUGUGCACAGGCAGGUAUUAGGAGCAAAGAGUGGACUAGAAAGACUACCAAGCAAUGUGCACAGUACUGUAGAUGCCGUCAUGAACCACUUCAAAAACAGCCAUGUGCGCAAAGAGAAACUAACAGCCAUCAUUGAAAUGAGUGACAAUGAGCAUGAAUAUCAGCAACUGGUGGCAUACCACAGGGUAAGGUGGUUGUCUCUAAAUGACUGUGUUCAAAGAUUUACAGAUCUCCUGCCAGAAAUUGUAUCUUAUUUUGAGCUACAGGCGCAUACCACCUCAAUUCGACUCAGUGAGCGUGCAAAACUACAAGAGCUGUAUGAUGGGCUAGUGGACCCCGCGUUUCAAUUGUACCUGUACUUCCUUCGUGGCCGUCUCCCGAUAUUAGCCAGCAUCAACACUCAACUCCAAAAGAAAGACCAAGACCUUUUCACAUCCUAUCAGAAAAUAGAUGGCUUUAAGAAGACAUUUCUUGAGCCUAUACUUCAUGAAGUUGAUGAUGGUAUGCAGGAAGGUAACGUCCGAACGGAGUCGGACGUCGACAACAUAGACUAUGACUGUAAGGAGUUUAUUAAAUUCAAAGAGCAAGCAAUUUCAUCCGGUCAGCUUUCUUUUGGUCAGUUGCAUGAAGUGAUGAAUAAUAUUUUCAACUUCACGGCUGCUAUUGGCAGAUCACUUGAUGCCCGUUUUCCAGAACUGGAUUUUGUUAUCAAAAACCUGAGCUUUCUCUGUCCUGCAAAUCGCAAGCACUCCAGAUGCGACAUAGAGGCAGUGGUAAGGAGGUACUGCAAGAACAGUGUUGCUGCUGCUGUUGCCAAUAGGCAGUAUAGCGUAUACAGAAAUGAUGAUUCGGUUGAUUACGUCUAUCUUCACUGCGAAAAGCAGCCUGAUACCUUCUUUUGCAGAUUGGCGCAGAUGCCAGAAUACGACCAAUUUGGAUUGCUGGCCAUUACACUUAUGUGUAUGAGUCCGGAUACGGUGGAAUGCGAACGUGGAUUUUCGUGCAUGAAUCUGACAAAGGACAAGUGUGCUACAAGAUUAAGCGGGGAUAAUCUGCAAAGUCGGUUAGCAGUUUUCCUGGACCCUAGAACUCUUUCAUCUUUCCCGUUUGAAGAUAUUGUGGAUAGCGUCUAGUGUUAAAGACGAAUUCACUUGCUAUUGUGUUGACAUCGUCUAGAGUAAGAAGAAUUCAAUUAUUAGAUAUAUCAUUAACUGCUUGAAACCAAGUUACUUCAUCAUGCUAUCUGAUAAUCAUGCGUAAUUGAUUCUUUGUGGCCCCUGUCAAGCCUAGC